UCUGGCAUCUGAAGCAUGACGUCACCGGCUACCUCGGGACAUCCUUGCUGGCAGCGAAGCAUACGCUCUCGCUAUUCGCUUCUCGGCUGUCCCUCGUACCGCACGUCAAGGCAACAGCUAAUCUUAACCUAUUUCCGUUCUCGUCUGGUUCAGAAGGUAAAUUUGACAAGUCAUGGGUUUCUCAACCGCUGCUCUUUUGGUCGCCAUCUUGGCCCUCCUUGGCCCGUUUCCGAAGGAAUUCCUCAGCUUCGUCCAGGUCCGAAAAUCCCGAGAUGUCCCCAAAUAUGCCCAGCCAAUUAUGCCCCCGUGUGCGGUUCCAACGGCCAGACCUACAGCAAUAAUUGUGGAUUGCGUGUGGCAGCUUGUGAAGACCCAACAAUCACGAAGGCUUCCGAUGGGGAAUGUCCUUCGACUAACCCGAACUGUCCUCAAUUCUGCCCAGCCAAUUAUGCCCCCGUUUGCGGUUCCAACGGACAGACCUACGGCAAUGAUUGUGAAUUGGGCGUGGCAGCUUGUGGGGAUCCCACAAUCACGAAGGCUUCCGAUGGGGAAUGUGGAGGCGUCGUAAAACCUGAGUGUCCUCAGAUAUGUCCGUUCAUUUACGAUCCUGUCUGUGGAAGCAAUGGUCAGACUUACGGCAACGAUUGUCAAUUAGGUAUUGCUGCUUGCGAAGAUCCCACAAUCUCGAAGGUGUCGGAUGGCCAAUGCUACUUCAACAAGAAUCCCCUUCACCAAAAAUCAGACAAGACCAUCAAGAAAAUCAAGAAAAUUAUGUCACCUACAACCCUGUUUCUUUACCUGUCUUCGCUGCUUUGGGCGUCAAAUGCACAGACGGAGGUACAGAGACAUUUCAACUUCCCACCAGGAGGAGGUGUAUGUAAUCGAAACUGCCCAAGGAACAUCGACCCUGUUUGUGGAACCAAUGGACAGACCUACCAAAAUUUCUGCCUUUUACUCGUCGCGAGGAGAUGCGACAACAUCAGGGUGAGGAAACGACACGACGGGGAAUGCGGCGCAACGAAUCCCAACUGCAGACCGAGCACGUUCUGUCCUUUCAACUACGCUCCAAUUUGCGGAAGUGACGGAAACACGUACGCCAACGAAUGCGCCUUCAGGAACGCGGCCUGCAACAACCCCAGACUCACCAAAGUAUCCGACGGGGAGUGUGGAGGAGGACGCAACCCUCUGUGCAAGCAGACCCUCUUCUGUCCCUCUAUCUACCAGCCCGUGUGUGGCAACAAUGGCCAGACCUACGACAAUGAGUGCGUCUUUUCCAAUGCCGCCUGUACCAUCCCCACCCUCAGGAAAGCUUCUGACGGGGCGUGUGGGUCAAGGCCCAACUGUAAUGACAUCUGUCCAGCUGUUUUUGCUCCAGUCUGCGGAAGCGACGGUCGAACCUACGAGAAUGAGUGCAGGCUGAACGCUGCAGCCUGCAGAAACCCUUCUCUUAGGAAGGUCGCCAAUGGGAACUGUGGAUCGAGGCCAAACUGCCCCGAGGUGUGUCCAGCCAACUACGAUCCCAUCUGCGGUACUGACGGCAUAACGUACGGGAAUCAGUGCAACCUGGGCGUUGCAACUUGCAAAAACCCUUCAAUUCAGAAAGCUCACAAUGGAGAGUGUGGUUCCGUAAGACCUCCAAUAGUGGUCUGUCCCCAGGGCUGCCCAUUCAAUUUCUCACCGUCUGCGGGAGUGAUGGUAUACGUAUCCCAAUCAGUGCACUCUGGAGAGUGCAUCUUGCAAAAACUCUUCAAUUCGGAAAUUGUAUGAUGGAGAGUGCCGAAGGCAGGGGUAGGGACACGUCCUUCGUUGAAAAUAACGUCUGAUUCUGACUUCUCGUGAUUUUCAAGUAAGGGUUUAAGUCAUGAUUUAUGAAGCACCAAGGAAUAGUACACUUGUAUACGAACCGGGAGUACAAUUUGAAUUCAUUUUCAUC